AUGGAUAUCCAGCCAAUUAUAAAGAAAAAGACGUACAAUAAAAAGGUCCAAAUACCAGGGCAAUGUACAUUACCUAUCCGAGUCGCAACGAACAAGAUUUCUAAGCCCAAAAAAUAUUUAGAAUGUUUUAACUGUAAAGUGACCAAGACCCCACUAUGGCGUAGAACACCUGAUAGGACUCAAACACUUUGCAAUGCAUGUGGAUUAUAUUACAAACAAUACAGUUCACACAGGCCGCUACAUGUUCGACAUAAAUUAAUUCAUUCGAAACCAUUAUAUAAUAACUUUGUUGUCAAUUUACCAUCACCGCCACCAAGGCAACCAUCACCAAAGCAACAGAUGAUGGACGAAUCAAAUAUUGAAUGCAUAAAUUGUCAACAAACAAAAACACCAUUAUGGCGUAAAAAUGAACAUGGAGAACCUAUCUGUAACGCCUGUGGAUUAUAUGCUAAAUUACAUAACAAGAAUAGACCGGUCACAAUGCGUAAACCAACCAUUCAGAGAAGAAGAAGAGAUUGGGGUGAAACAAACAUGUUGAUCGAUAUGGAUAGGAAUCAGAUAGAAGGCUUCCUUGGUUUGCUUGAAUAA